AUGGCGUCUCUGCUGCCGCUGUUCCAGGACAUCUGGCCCAUGAUCAUGCCGUCGUCCAUCUCCGUAACCAAGGCCGACGACAUACUCCCGCCAGCCGCACCACUGCCGCCACCGGGGGAAGACGACAGCGCCGCUGCUGAGGGGCCGCGGGUCCUCAGCCGGGAUGCAGUCGUCAACAAGACGGACAAGAUGUGCGCUACCGUGCUGCUCGUGAAGCCCAUGUCCAGUACUACCGUGCGGCACCACGGCGAGCAGGAAGCAAUAAUCUACGCCGCCUCCGGGCACGGGGGUGUGCUCCUUUCGCAGCCACCCGACGAAGCGCUCGACGCAGGGCGCGACGAGCCGGAGCGGCACGCGCUCGAUCCGGGCGAUUUCGCGUUCGUGCCGGCGUGGACAGAGCACCGGGUGGUCAACGAGUCGGCGACGUCGGACGUGGUGUGGGUGGUGACGCGGGCCGGCGGGGGGGUGCCGGUCGAAGUGCAGCUUGUGGGUUGGGGUGGGGCGCAGGAGAAGGAGAAGGAGAAGGAGAAGGAGAAGGAGAAGGAGAAGGAGAAGGAGAAGGAGAAUGGGAUUGGGAUUGGGAAGGGGGGCGAGGGAGAGGGUGUGGUUUAG